AUGGUUUCUAUCACAACUGAAAAUGUUACACGAGUUUACAACAUCAUGGCUAACCAGGAGCUCACAGUCACUCCAGCAAAUUUCCACAAUAAUUCAGGAGUGCAUCAGCUGCAUAGAUAUGAAUGUAUUAAUUCAGAUGUAUGGAACUGGCUACAGGAUUUUCAGCCUGUAUUCCUCUGGUUUAUAUUUAUUCUGGGAGCAAUAGAAAAUUCCUUUGUCCUCAUCGUCCUGUGUUUCCACAAGAGUCGCUGCACAGUGGCCGAAAUUUACCUAGCAAACAUGGCUCUUGCCGACCUAAUGUUAGUCUGUGCUCUACCUUUCUGGGCCAUUAAUAUUUCUAAUGAGUUUCAAUGGCCUUUUGGCUUGUUCCUCUGUAAAGCUGUCAACGUAAUGAGUAACAUGAACUUUUAUUCUAGCAUUUAUUUCCUGACACUCGUGAGCAUCGACCGCUAUCUGGCUCUGGUGAAAACCAUGUCUCUUGGACGGAUGCGACGAACUGUCUGUGCCAAAUGGAAUAGCUUUGUAGUCUGGAUGUGUGCGUUGCUCAUGUGUUCGCCUACAAUGGUGUUCCGAAAUUUACGUUAUUACAAACAAUACAACAUCACAGCAUGCAGUCUUGAUUAUCCAGCCAGCUACUGGGAGCCUGCAAACAACUGCUUGCUGAAUAUUGUGGGCUUUGUGAUCCCAGUCUGUGUAAUUACCUAUUGCACUGUGCAAAUCAUCAAAGCCUUACGAAGUAGUGAGCUACAAAACCUGAAGUUAGUCCAGACAGAAAGGAGAGCCACCAUGCUGGUCCUUGCUGUGCUCUUGCUGUUCAUCAUUUGCUGGCUUCCAUUCCAGAUCAGCACGUUCAUUGACACAAUCCGUUACUUCACACCCACUUUCAAAUGCCUGGAAGAAAUCAAUGACGUACUGACCCAGCUAGCUACGUACUGUGCCUUUAGCAACAGCUGCCUGAACCCAGUCCUGUAUGUAAUUGUUGGGAAGCACUUCCAGAAGAAGGCUGUGGAAUUCUACAAGGACUUGUUCCCAAAGAGGUGCAGAAAAUCACAGUCUGUGCAGAUGGAAAACUCCCUGGACACUUUAAGAACUUCCAUUUCAAGUGAAUACCCAAGGAAAAAAUCUGGUUUUCCAUUGCCACGAUAG